UCUCUCUCUCUCUGUCUCUCACUGUUCCUCUCUCCAACAACUCUCUGUCUCUCUUUUCAACUCUCUCCAUCUCUCUCUCUCGCGCCCUUUUACUCAAUCUAAGAAUAGCUCUUGUUACUAAGACACAUAUUCUCUUCCUGCCCUCGGUCAAAUGCAGCCUGUAUUUUAAACAGCACCACCUAUAGACGUUAACUGUACAGCUGUGAACUAUGUUUAGGUCCAUGCAGGAAGGAGGUAAAUGUUUUGGUUGUUGCUUGAUAUCAAAGAGAACAUACUAGGCCAACCUUACCUUUCUGAGAGAUUUUUUUAAAACCAGUGAAACCAUUUCCUCUUCCUUCUACUAAAUUAUAAUUCCCCAAAUGAAAACAGUACACACUGGAACUAAGAUGCUCCCGUCCGGGUUUUAAGCCUUGGAUGAAUGUUCUGUAAAUCCAGAACCAACACAGAUCCAUUUCCUGAACAAGACAGUUCUGAGAUGAACUAGUGUGUCACCAUGUCGCCAUUGCACCAGAUGCACCUGGUGUCUUUCUUGCGUGAAGACCUCAAUGUACAAGGUGACCCUGAGACUGCUCAAGACUUAGAACAGACUGACAAUAGCUCAUUCUACUCUGCAUCUUAAACACACUAAGAUUGCUAUGCUGGUAUAAGUAGAGACAAUAAGGCAGGCGAUGGACACAAGGUCCAGCCUAAUUUGGUCGAGCAGCUAAACCACUGGAAAGUUACAGUUACAGUUCAGUUCCUGUUACAGUUCAAUAGGCUGUCACAGUUCAAUAGCCUGUUACAGUUCAAUAGACUGUUACAGAUCUAUAGCCUGUUACAGUUCAAUAGGCUGUUCGAUUUCUGUAGCAUGUAACAGUUUACAAAGCUGAAGACGAUGUGAGAAACAAGGUAGAAUCUGUGAUUCUGUGCUUCUGCAGAACAAUUAGUGGAGUCAGCAAUCGUCAAUGACUCAAUUCCAGUUGAGGCAAGAACAACUUAGGAGUUCAAAGCUCUGCCGAGGUGAUGAGAAUCGCCGUAUCGCUGUUCAUCAGUGUCUCACAUUUCCACACUUGGAACCCUUACAAAAAUGUAAGGGAGUGCCAAAUUUAAAUUAAAAAACCGUCAAAGGCAAAGUUUAAUAACCCUGCAACAUUUAGCUGAAGCAUUUUAUUACAAAACCUGGAUCACGGGAUAAGGGUCCUGUAAAUGCCCAGACCUCAUCUUUCUGCGUUAUCACCAUGAAUAAGGACCAUGGCAACAACCCAAUCGGCACGACAAUAACCCUGUCAGCACGGCAACGUUGAUGAAAGCAGUGGCACCGGGACCACUCUUAUUAAAGUAUCACGUUUGCAAUCGCAAUGUGAAACCGGACUGUAGUUUAUACUGAAUAUCGUAUCCCUUUACCAACACAUUAUGAAUUUCAUAAUAAUGAAUAUACGAUUCAAAUUCAUUUCAAAACAAAAAGUAGUUUUAAUCUGAAGAUUGGAGGCAUGUUUUAUCUUCAGAGUACAGGAGCCCUCCCUCUCCUCCAUCUCACACCCCCUCGCCACUAUGCCCCACGGUAAAAAAUAGCCCCCCUGACCGCUAUCCAAAUAACCUGUCUGUGAUAGUUCACCGUAAUAACCCGAGCCAGGGGCGAGGAACAAGAUAAACAGUGAGCAAAUUGUGCAAGAAAGGCUUUAGUGUUUGUGUGACAAGUCAGAUUUCUUUAGAUAAAGUGUUGUGUACACCUGCGACCGGCCCUGCAGCGGACCGCAGGAAUCAGACGGCCGUGUGAGAGCCUCCCACGCAGGGACUCUCAAGUCAUUCAGGAGCUGGGGGGAUUCGGUUCCAGCGUUGCCCUUUGAGAGAACAGUAGCAAGGACCUACAGCGGGUACAAGACGCUGCUUUCAUUACGUAUAUCGUGACAUUAGGAUCGAAUCGGCAAUGCUACGUUUGUGUCCGGACUGGAACCGCACGUGGUACACAGCCAGCCCCGACCUCACCCACUGUUUCCAGAACACGGUGCUGGUGUGGGUGCCCUGUGUGUACCUCUGGCUGCUGGCCCCCUUCUACUGCCUGCACCUCUACUGCCAUGGCAACGGACGCAUCCGCAUCUCCUGCCUCUGCACCGCCAAGAUGGUGCUGGGCUUCCUGCUGGCCUCCUUCGGCUUCGUGGAGUUCUUCUACAUCCUGCUGGAGAGGAGCGGGGAGAUCCACCAGCACAUGGUGUUCCUGCUCAGCCCCAUCGUGCGCAGCGUGACCGUGAUCCUGGCCUUAUUCAUCAUCCAGCUAGAGCGGCUGCGAGGAUGUCGUUCCUCCGUGUUCCUCUUCCUCUUCUGGGUCCUGGCCGUGGUCUGUUCCCUGGUCCCACUCAGAGCCAAGAUCCAGUUGGCAGUGGACGAGGGCAUCGGCUCCGACGUGGUCCGCUUCCUGGCCUUCUUCUCCUACUUCACCCUGCAGCUGGCCCAGCUCGUCCUGGUGUGCUUCGCUGACCGGCGCUCCGAGGGGAAGAGCGGCACUGAGAAGAACCCCUGUCCCGUGAAGGAUGCCUCGUUCCUGUCCAAGAUCCUCUUCUGGUGGUUCACCGGUCUGGUGGUGAAGGGGUAUCGCUCGCCCCUGGAGGCCGACGACCUGUGGCACCUGAGGGACGAGGACAGCUCCGAUAAGAUCCUCUCCGACCUGGAGAAGGAGUGGAACGCCGAGUGCGCCCGCAUUCAAAAGCAGGAGAAGGUCCUGGCCUCGGGGACCGCCCUGGGGGCCAAGCUGCCCGACCAGGCGCAGCUCCUCCGGAAGCUGCAGCGGGAGCAGAGCUCCGGCUUCUUCCUACUCCGCACGCUGACGCGCAAGUUCGGCCCGUACUUCCUGACCGGGACGCUGUGCAUCGUGUUCCACGACGCCUUCAUGUUCGCCAUCCCGCAGGUGCUCAGCCUGCUGCUGGGCUUCAUGAGGGACGACGAGGCGCCUCUCUGGAAGGGCUACUUCUACGCCACGCUCAUCUUCCUGCUGUCCUGCCUGCAGUCGCUCUUCAACCACCAGUACAUGUACACCUGCUUCACCGUGGGCAUGCGCGUCAAGACCGCCGUCAUGGGCCUCGUCUACAGGAAGUCUCUGGUGAUCAACAGCUCUGCCCGGAGGACGUGCACCGUGGGAGAGAUCGUGAACCUGGUGUCGGCUGACACCCAGAAGCUCAUGGACUUCGUGGUGUACUUCAACGCAGUGUGGCUCGCGCCCAUCGAGAUCGCUCUCUGCCUCUUCUUCCUCUGGCAGCAUCUCGGGCCGUCUGCGUUGGCCGGGAUCGCCACGGUCAUCCUCAUCUUCCCACUCAACGGGUACAUCGCCAAGAAGAGGAGCAAAUUACAGGAGGUCCAGAUGAAGUUCAUGGACGGUCGGAUUCGCCUGAUGAACGAGAUCCUGAGUGGGAUCAAGAUCCUGAAGUUCUACGCCUGGGAGAAGGCCUUCCUGGAGCAGGUCCUGGGCUACCGGGAGAAGGAGCUCCAGGCCCUGAAGAAGUCCCAGGUCCUCUACUCCAUCUCCUUCGCCUCCUUCAACUGCUCCUCCUUCCUGAUUGCCUUCGCCAUGUUCGGUGUCUACGUCACCAUCGACGCCAGGAACGUCCUGGACGCGCAGAAGGUCUUCGUGUCGAUGGCGCUGAUCAACAUCUUGAAGACGCCACUCAGCCAGCUCCCCUUCGUGAUGAGCACCACCAUGCAGGCUAUCGUCUCGCUGAGGCGUCUGGGGAAGUACCUGUGCUCAGAGGAGCUGAAGGGGGACAACGUCACAAAGGCCGCCUACAGUCUGGGUAAGAGGACACCGCGCCAUACCCCACCACCUCAUGGCUCUGGGUCUGUUCACCAUACCCCACCACCUCAUGGCUCAGGGUCUGUUCACCAUACCCCACCACCUCAUGGCUCUGGGUCUGUUCACCAUACCCCACCACCUCAUGGCUCAGGGUCUGUUCACCAUACUUCACCACCUCAUGGCUCUGGGUCUGUUCACCGUACCCCACCACCUCAUGGCUCUGGGUCUGUUCACCAUACCCCACCACCUCAUGGCUCUGGGUCUGUUCACCGUACCCCACCACCUCAUGGCUCUGGGUUUGUCCACCAUACCCCACCCCCUCAUGGCUCUGGGUCUGUCCACCGUACCCCUCCACCUCAUGGCUCUGGGUCUGUCCGCCGUACCCCACCACCUUGUGGCUCUGGGUAUGUUCACCGUACCCCACCACCUCAUGGCUCUGGGUCUGUUUACCGUACCCCACCACCUCAUGGCUCUGGGUCUGUCCGCCGUACCCCACCACCUCAUGGCUCUGGGUCUGUCCACCGUACCCCACCACCUCAUGGCUCUGGGUCUGUUCACCAUACCCCACCACCUCAUGGCUCAGGGUCUGUUCACCAUACUUCACCACCUCAUGGCUCUGGGUCUGUUCACCGUACCCCACCACCUCAUGGCUCUGGGUCUGUUCACCAUACCCCACCACCUCAUGGCUCUGGGUCUGUUCACCAUACCCCACCACCUCAUGGCUCUGGGUCUGUUCACCGUACCCAACCACCUUAUGGCUCUGGGUCUGUUCACCAUACCCCACCACCUCAUGGCUCUGGGUCUGUCCACUGUACCCCUCCACCUCAUGGCUCUGGGUCUGUCCACCGUACCCCUCAACCUCAUGGCUCUGGGUCUGUCCACCGUACCCAUCCACCUCAUGGCUCUGGGUCUGACCACCGUACCCCACCACCUCAUGGCUCUGGGUCUGUUUACCGUACCCCACCACCACAUGGCCCUGGUUCCCGUACACAGAUGGAACCACAAGCUGUCAGAACCAAUUUAAAAACCGAUCUGGAAGCGGUGUAGUUUAUAUCAGCGGUGGUUUGGAGGCCUUAGAGGUUGAUGUGUAUUGUCAGUUUCCCCCCGGCUGCCAGGCAGACAGGGUAAUUAUGGGAU